AUAUCCUGCAAUAUCUCUCGAUAAUUAUUAUGAAAUAAAUACCGUAGGUACCUAGUUGUGUACUAAAACACUUGUUACGCUAUUAAUGUACCUACCAAAUCAAAAUGACGUUAAGUGUAAUUCUUAAGAAAUAUGAAGCAAACUGCGGUUCCAAAGAAGUUAACGUUAUAAAAGUUGAUUCACCUGUUGGUGAAAUCAUUGCUUGCGCUGAUGAAAAUCAUCUGUUACUAGUAACAUUUGAAGAUACUAAAAACUUUGAAAAGAGGUUUGAAGUCAUUGCUGAAGAAUGUCAGUGCAAAUUUAUUGAAAAGCCGAAUAAAAUAUUGGAGAGCUUUCAGUCUGAAAUGAAGCUGUACUUUGAAGGAAAGCUUAAAAGUUUCAAUGUUCCCGUUAGGACUUUCGGUUCUGACUUUCAAAAGGAAGUAUGGGAGAAACUCUUAAAACUACCUUACGGCUCGACACAAUCUUAUGGGGACCUAGCCAAAGAGAUGGGAAGGCCGUCCAGCCACUCUCGAGCUGUUGGAGCUGCUUGUGGUGCUAAUGCUCAUCUUAUUGUUAUACCCUGUCACCGACUUGUGGCUUCGGGCUCUAAAGGUGGGUUCAACAGUGGAAAAGAUAGGAAAGAAUGGUUGUUGAAUCAUGAAAAGAAGUGUUCAUCUUGACUUUAACUUGAAUUUGUUAUAAUAUAAGGGGGCAAACGAGCAAAAGGGUUACCUGAU